AAGAGUUUCAGGGGAGGAAAGUGGGCUAAAAUUCUUCGAAAUCGAUUAGUGUGUUAUGAAGUAGUUUCGUGGAAGCGAGACAGCGCAAUCGCUUCCCGGAUACUAUGGGUUUCUUAUUUUCUUGGAUUCCAAGCAACGGGGAUCUGUUUUCCCCUCCGAAGUCAUACUUCUGGGAUUUCAACACUACUUGGUGAUGCUUGGAACUACUGUUGCACUCUCCACUAUACUCGUUCCUCUCAUGGGUGGCGGAAAUGUGGAGAAGGCUGAAAUGAUAAACACUCUGUUGUUUGUUGCGGGUAUCAAUACUUUAUUACAAACCUGGUUCGGCACCCGGUUGCCGGUGGUGAUUGGUGGGUCGUAUGCCUUCAUCAUCCCGGCCAUUUCGGUGGUUUUGUCUCGGAGAUUUAAUUUCUAUGUUGAUCCUCACCAGAGGUUUAGAGAAUCAAUGAAGGCUCUACAAGGAGCACUGAUUGUUGCGUCUUUCCUGCAAAUGAUAGUCGGUUUUUUGGGAUUCUGGAGGAUUGUUGCAAGGUAUUUUAGCCCUUUAUCUGCAGUUCCUCUUGUAACUCUCACUGGACUCGGUCUAUUCGCACUCGGUUUUCCUCAACUAGCUAAUUGUGUUGAACUUGGACUCCCAGAGUUGGUCAUAGUGGUUUUAUUAUCCCAGUACGUUCCACCCCUGUUGAAAGGCAGACGAGCCGUAUUUGAUCGAUUUGCAGUUAUUUUCUCAGUAGCUAUUGUGUGGGCAUAUGCAGAGAUAUUGACUGCAGCUGGUGCAUAUAAAAACAAAUCUCCAAGUACUCAAUUCAGUUGCCGCACAGAUCGUUCUGGGCUCAUUAGUGCUGCCUCCUGGAUAAAGGUUCCUUAUCCAUUUCGCUGGGGGGCUCCUAGAUUUGAUGCUGGAGAUGCUUUUUCUAUGAUGGCUUCUGCCUUUGUUGCUCUCGUUGAGUCUACAGGAACAUUCAUUGCAGCUGCAAGAUAUGGGAGUGCCACACAUAUACCUCCUUCUGUACUAAGCCGUGGCGUCGGUUGGCUGGGGGUAGGGACUUUACUGAAUGGUGCAUUUGGCACUGGCGUUGGAUCCACUGCAUCAGUUGAAAACGCAGGUCUUUUGGGUUUGACACGAGUUGGAAGCCGGAGAGCCAUUCAAAUUUCUGCUGGGUUUAUGCUUUUCUUCUCCGUGCUAGGCAAGUUUGGUGCUGUCCUUGCUUCUAUACCCUUACCUAUAAUGGCAGCCCUGUACUGUGUCCUCUUUGCCUAUAUAGCUUCUGCCGGUCUCGGGUUCCUUCAGUUCUGCAAUCUAAACAGCUUUCGGUCAAAAUUCGUACUCGGAUUUUCUCUGUUCUUGGGCCUCUCUGUGCCCCAGUACUUCAAUGAGUAUCUUCUCAUUUCUGGGCAUGGUCCUGUUCACACUAAAGCCACAUGGUUUAACAACAUUGUCCAAGUGAUCUUUACUUCCCCAGCAACAGUGGCAGCUAUGGUUGCCUUCUUCUUGGACAUCACAUUGUCAAGGAAUCAUGGCUCGACCCGCCGAGACAGCGGUCGCCACUGGUGGGAGAAGUUCUGGUCCUUCAGUCUCGAUACAAGGAGCGAAGAGUUCUACUCCCUUCCUUGGAACCUCAACAGGUUCUUCCCAUCAGCCUAACUUUGAAUUACUAAUCAUCACUGAACAGAAUCAAAGGGAUAGAGAAGGAUAAAGUACAGGAAAUGUUUGAUCUUGUUUUGAGUGAAAACAAGUUAUUUGGACACUUUUUAUCCUUAAAGAGAGAAUGUUUAAAGCAUAUGCAUAGGAGAAAAACACUGAAAUUAGCUUGCUAUUUGAAUAUCUUGUUAAGGCUGUCCCUACACUAUUAUUAUACCAGUAAAUUAAAAGUCGUUA